GCGGAAUCUGUUCUGCGAGCUUCUGGGCAUCGUUCGACCCACCACCACAAAGCCUCGCUUUGGCGUUGUCGCAGUGCACGAGGCCGUUCGGCCUUGAUCAAUUGGCGCCAUGUCGUGGAAGCGGUCAGAGAAGCUGAUGGACACCAUCAAGCACUAUAGCAAUUUCCCUGCCACCGGUGUGUCUCUACGGCAGAUGGUGCAGUUCGGCGAGAAGCCGUCCACGGGAACCCUCUUCCGUGCCUCACAGUUCCUCUCUGAAGAGCUACCCAUCCGAUUAGCCCACCGCGUCCAAGAGCUCCAUGACCUUCCUGAUGGCCUAAAUGAGAUGCCCUCGAUUGGCCGAGUGCGAGACUGGUAUGCACAAUCGUUUGAGGAGCUCGUGGACCUCCCCCGACCCAGCCUACCAUCCGACCUCAAGGAGCGACUCCUGCGGCCCGCAAGACGGAACGGAAAGGACUCACACCUGACCAGCAGGGCGACCCAGAAUCCCAGCAUCGUGAGGGGGCAAUACAAAUCCGCGCCAGACCACCACUACGCCAGCGGCAAUGGCAGCGGAAGCAGCCGCGAGAUCAAAGGCUCAACAUCUAGCCGGAGAUAUUACGCGGCCGCCGACGACGGCGGGGAAUGGCCGCCCGAGCUCAGUGCCUACAACCUCAAGUUCGCAGACACAUUGGAGAAGAUCAAGCGGCGGCACGACAGCGUCGUCACAACCGUAGCCCAAGGGAUCCUGGAAUGGAAGCGCAAGAGACAACGCAUGCAAAUCGACCACAACAUCCAAGCCUUCCUCGACCGCUUCUACAUGUCGCGUAUCGGCAUCCGUAUGCUCAUCGGCCAGCACAUCGCACUCACCGACCAACGCCAACGCUCCGAUCCCAACUACGUCGGCAUCAUCUGUACCAAGACUAACGUCCGAGAACUGGCACAAGAAGCCAUUGAAAACGCGCGCUUCGUUUGCGAAGACCACUACGGCCUCUUCGAUGCCCCAAAAGUCCAACUCGUCUGUAACCCUGAUAUCAGCUUUAUGUACGUUCCUGGUCAUUUAUCUCACAUGUUGUUCGAAACGCUCAAGAACUCUCUGCGUGCUGUUGUGGAGACACAUGGACAAGACAAGGAAGACUUUCCCGUGACGAAAGUGAUCGUAGCAGAGGGGAAGGAAGACAUCACGAUUAAAAUCUCCGAUGAAGGUGGUGGCAUCCCAAGAAGUGCGAUUCCGCUCGUUUGGACGUACAUGUAUACCACAGUAGACCAGACACCGAGUCUGGAUCCGGAUUUCAAUAAAAGCGAUUUCAAGGCACCCAUGGCUGGGUUUGGGUAUGGACUGCCCAUUUCAAGACUAUACGCGCGGUACUUUGGCGGCGAUCUGAAGCUGAUUAGCAUGGAAGGCUACGGUACGGAUGUCUACCUCCACCUCAACCGCCUCUCCUCGUCGUCUGAGCCUUUGCAAUAGCAACUACCAGUCAUGAGGGAGGAAUGGGCGGCGAGCGAACCUAUUUUAUCCCAAGGAUUGGCGCGUGGUAGUUCUUCGU